GAUUCUUUGAGCGGAUAGGUCAAGGCGAUGCAGACCGACACCUAACAUUUAACAUAGAGAAUCGCUGAACGGGGCAAUUGCAAACUAAGAAACGUCGAGUCUACUCAUACUUCUCCAAUCCCUAAACCUACCACCGAUGUAUGUAUCUAUACCAUCGACUUAUCAUGAAGUGAAAUCAUUGCCAACCGAUGUGGGGCCCUCCAAACCGAGGUUUUGUACUCCGUACAUGCAUCUCAGAACAGUCUUUGACUACUAGGAGCCAAUUUCUAAGCACCCGACAUGGGCCAUGACCAUUCGGACGUGUCAAACACGAGUACGAAGUCAUUAUCCUCUGAAUCUGAUGUAUAUCCUUUACACAAUGAAACUACGGCACCGGCAACGCCUACCCUGGACUCAAUAUCGGAGAAAUCGAUGGAGGCGAGCAAUCAUCACCACACCGCAACGCACAAUCCUGAUAAUCAAACAAGCUCACUAGAUUCUGGGAGUAGCUCAAGGUCCCGCGCUACUUUAAGUCUUCAUGAAUCUGUGGCAGCUGAGAAUGAGGCUAUUCUGCAAGACUCUGGACCAAGUGAAUCGAAUGACAACUGUGCCAAUGCUGGCAACUUGGAGCACGUGGGCACUCCAGUUAAUUACAACCUUAUAAAUAACCCGCCAAACCUCGCAAGAAUACGACAAGUAAUGUUUGAAUGCAAAGAUCCAAUUGAGAUUAGCCUCGAAGAAUUUGAAACAUAUUGGCCAUACAUCGAUAAUGUGUGGGUUAAGCAAAGGUCCAACUCCAGUAAAGAAGGUCACUGCACAACGGACUACUAUAUGUGUCGUCUACGACGCCCAACGCACCGCACGUCCGAGACUCGGCCUCUACCGGAGGGUAAGCGUCCUCGGAAAAAGAGGGUACGUGAGGGUGGUAUCUGCAACUUCCAGAUUAAAGUUGUGCGCUUCGAGGGGGCCUAUUCAACGGUGACUAUCGCAAGGACACCUGGAAGCAGCCCUAUACACUCGCAUGACCUUGAUUACAUUGACAGGGUGAAGCGAAAUUCGGGGCUCAUGGAAUUUGCCCGCAAGGAGGCCAUUAAGGGGUACUUACCUUCGUCUAUAUAUACGAAGUUCCAGGAAGAACCUGAAAAGCUUAUCGAAGCAGGGGGGAAAUUCUGUACUGUCACGGACGUUCGCAAUGUCUCUGCGAAAUGGAGAAUACAAAACCCGGAAGUUAAGCUCAUACCUCACGAUGGGUAUGAAUAUCAGAAGGGCCAUGGCAUUGUGAGGAUAAGGGUUACUAAUGGUGACUGUAAAGCAUCUACUAAUCCACCGCCACCAAAGACGUAUUUGGAUUCACCCCUACCGCCAGAUACGCUCUUGUUCCCUCAGUUUCCUCUAGAUUUUCUUGAGCCUUAUCUCCCAAGAUACGACGAGAGACGCCAGUUUCCACACGUUACUUUGUCGUAUGCAUCCUCCAUGGACUCCAAAAUAUCUCUGCUCCCAGGAAUGCAGACAGUACUUUCUGGGCCGGAGGCAAAACUGAUGACGCAUUACCUAAGAUCACGCCAUGAUGCUAUUUUGAUAGGUGUCGGGACUGUGUUGGCUGAUAACCCGGGCUUGAACUGUAGGCUGGAGGGUGCAGGAGGAUUUGGUGGUCUUGGACGAAUGUGGCAACCACGGCCGGUCAUAAUCGAUCCAACAGGGCGAUGGCCCGUUCAUCCUGGAUGCAGAAUGCUGCGGACAGCGGUCGAAGGGAAAGGCAAGGCACCAUGGGUGGUUGUGUCGCCAGGGGCCCAAAUCCACCCCCAGAAAUUGAUGAUGCUGAAAGGGUACGGAGGCGACUUUCUCCGAAUUGUGGAGUAUAAUCAAAAUUGGCGUUUGCGCUGGGAAGCCAUUCUACGCGCCUUAGCGUCGGAGGGGGUCAAAAGUGUGAUGAUUGAAGGUGGUGGGACUGUGCUGAGCGAGCUGUUGAAUCCCGAAUACACGGAAUUCAUUGACUCUAUCAUUGUAACAGUUGCGCCGACAUAUCUGGGCAGUGGCGGGGUGCCAGUAAGUCCAGAUUCAAAACGUGAUGAACAGGGAAAGCCCAAUGCCGCCCUCAACCCAAGAGAGGUGAAAUGGAUGCCGCUCGGGCAAAAUGUUAUAAUGUGUGGAAGAAUCCGUGAUCCAGACUAGUGAAUCCAAUACUCACAGCCCGGGGUCGUGACACCUAUGGACCUAUGUCUACAUGCUUGCAUGGGAUCAACCUAAAGACUUACCUCGAGAGUUAAUCCAACUACUGGCUACCUAUAUUCAAACGUCUAGAGCGAUUAUACAUGAACAGAUGUUAGGAAUAGGGUUUCAACCUCGUGUGAUUAGUGACCAUGAUACUAAUGAUCAACUGGGCUUGUAGGAACCCAUCAGCUGCGCAUAAUCUUC